AUGACCGGUAGGAGCAACAGCGACGUCUCAAGCACGAGCCCGUCUGGCUCGUCUUUGCGCAAGCUGCCACCGGGUGUCUCUGGGCCUCCGGCUAUACGCUCGGGUCCUGUGGAAGUACACGCUGGUGGGCCUCUUAUGCCCGGUCCGCCCAAAGCGCGCCAGCUGUCCAGACUGCGGGAAGAGGAACGCCAGGCGAGCCGUGAUGUUUUGGACCGCACGGGGACGCAGCAGCAACGGCAUCCUAGUCAGUACACGUUGAGAGGAGACGCAGAACGUCCAGCCCGCCGACUACCCGCAGUCGGGCAUCGUCGGAACUCUCUGAAGCAAGCCACCGCCCACGCACCACCGGCCGGACUCGAGGGAGACAGCAGCUUCACGCGAAGCGAGCAACGCCAGCAUGAGCUUUUCGUCAAUCAUGCCGUCGUCGACCGCUACGAAGCGAAGAUGAAUCAGAAAUAUGCAGAUCUAGAAAUUUCGCACCUGGUGUCCAACAAGCAAAUGUUCACCCUUCCCACAACCGCACAGGACCAGCCACUCGAACAGCACGGGUUCACGCAGCGUGCAACAAGUCUCCCUGAACUUGAAAGCACUGGCGCACCCAUUCAGGCAGCGAAUGCGUACCAUGCGGCCGGUGUCACGUCACCGACCGCCGGUGCCACGUCACCGACCGCCGGUGCCGCCAGCGGCAGCCAGCCACAGCUAGCUCAGUCCGUGACUCCUUACACUUUCGAUCAGCUCCGUGUACGCGCGGGGGACUCAGAGCUCGCAGCACGAAACCCGCCCACGAGUAACAGCAUGCCGAGCACGACCUUUGGGAGCGGUAUGGGCGAACCAGACAGCACACCCGAGAAUGCCAAUCCAGAGGCGAACAGCAGCUCGCACAACGUCAGUAGUCGAAGCGCGUAUAGCGAGCAAGCUCCACGCACUUCCGACGCGAACUCGAAUGAGGGCGGUGACCGCACCAUGCCAAUCGCUCGCACGAGCACUAUCAGAUCCAUCAGUGAGCGCGCUGGGUUCUUAGGAACUACUGUAAGGUCCGACAGUAGCUACCACGAGGACGCCGUUGUUCACCACAUCGACGAUGAUGACCCCAGGCGCAACUGGCAGCACCCCGCUCAUCGGGACGUGCUGCAGAUGGACCCCAUCCAUCGCGCGAGUUUCGAGCGACUAGAGCAACGGGUGAUUGUUCUGGAAGAAGCUCACUUAGCGAGGCUUGAGAUUGGAACAGGACGGCCAAGGCAUUGGUGGUAG